AUGCUGCUAUGGCUAGUUGACAGCCUGAUUCUCAAGCCUGGAGAUACUCUCUGGAUGGCUGUCAAUGAGGAUGUCGACGAUGAAUUCAGAAUCGGCCAGCUGGUCGCAAAGACCUUCCCAAGCAUAGACUUCCGCCUCGUGCGCCUUCGCCACCAAACCAAAGGGGCCUGCGAGACGCGGCUUUGGGCUGGCCUCGAGAAUAUCAUCGACAUACAGGAGAAAAAGGCAAUCUCAACAAAGGCCAAUACCGGGGCGUAUGUGUUCCCUAGCGCUUCCUCUUUGAAGACCUGGGCUGCUCAUAGCUUGGAUGCCAAACGUGAAGAUGGAUCCGAGCUCGCAGAAUACUACACAUCACAGACAAUCGCCUUGAUGCUCCGUGGCCAUGUUCCUUUCCUAGGAAUUCCCGUAGAGAAUACUGAUUUUAGCUGUGUUGGCACCCCCGCACAACUCCAGGACCUGCUGGCCCUCUUGAAGACGAACCCCGCAGUCUUCCCACCAAGCUACAACAGAGGCGCUUCUGCUUUGACCUUGAUUCUACCCCCGGACGUGCCUUUGGCAGAUGUUGGCUCCGUCACCUUUGCCCAGCUUGCCAAGUAUAGAAUUCCUUUUCAUGACAUACAUUUUGGGAAGCCCUGCGCCGAUAUCUAUGUUGACGAUCGAGCCGUCAACUCCAACCUCGACACCGCAAAGGAGAUUGGCUGGUUGCUGGACGACUCCAUCGCAUCUCCAAUGAACCAUGGCCAGCUCACUUCUUCCCGCCAACGGGACCAGUCCCCUAUGAUAGAAGCUAGGGACUUUAACACCAUUCAAAUUAUCGGCGAUCGGGUCAUCAAGUCGAGCAAGUCGGCCACUAUCCUUGGCGAGCUAUACUUUUACUCACACAUGCCUUCAUCCCUCUCACACGUCUUCCCUGCCAUAUACGCCGUUGACCUGAUACCUGAGACGGGAACCUAUAGCAUUAGCAUGGAGAACCGCCGAGGCCUGACCUUCUCCCAUCUUCUCGUCGGGCGCUCCAUUACAAAGGGUCGCAUGUCGACGUUUCUCCGCACACUCCAUACCAUCCACUCGAGCUCAAGCACUCGGGCUCCGACUCUGAGCAUUUCAUCUGACCUCGAAGCCCAGUUUGCGUCACGCUCGCCCUCGCGGACGGAAAGCCAAGUAAACAUAUACUCCAACUACGGCCCAAAACUGCGCAGCCGGUAUCACCAGUUCAAAUCCCAAUACGAUUCCUUGGGACCCCUGGCCGCCUCCCUCUUCGAAAAGCUUAAUCAGUGUCUAGACACGUUCGAGAUUGAGAAUAAGGGCAUCUAUGCUUCAAUAAUCCACGGGGAUCCAGUAUUUAGUAACGCUAUCCUCAGCAAAGACGAAAAAGCCGUCAGUUUCAUCGACGUCCGCUGCCAGCUUGGCAGCACCAUCACGCCGGAAGGCGACAUCCACUACGACUUGGCCAAGGUUCUCCAGUCGCUGUGCGGAUAUGACCAUGUCAUGUUUAUGAACGCAUCCAACUACAACCUUAGCCAUGCGCUCGAAAACCCCGAGCCUUUGCUCGAUGAAGCAGACAUUUCGCUUCUUGAGGAACUCCAAGCACAGUUCUUCUCAUUUGUCGAGAAGACUUCCGUCAUGAAAACACCUUACUACCUGCCGUCUCGAGAAGUGGCCAAAGAGGUACAAGAAGCCAGGACGGCCCCCGGCGCUGAUUCUCGACUCCCGAUAUGCUCUCUCUCCUACCCCGGUCAACAUUGCCCCCAAUUUCUUCGAGAGAGAACGCAACAACUUUCGAUGCUGCCAUCGCUGUUCAUCGCCGUUUUCGCGGCCGUCCCGGUCCUCGGGCUCGAGGCGCCGGAGAGGUUCUACCCUUCCACUUGGGGUUCGGGCGGCCCCGACGGGUGGGAUGAAGCCUACGAGAAGGCUAGGGAUUUUGUAUCGCAGUUGACGCUUGCCGAAAAGGUCAACUUGACCACGGGGACAGGAUGGCAGGCGGACCGAUGCGACGGCCCUCUUGGCGUGCGUUAUGCCGACAAAGUUUCAGCGUUUCCGGCGGGCGUCAACGCGGCUGCUACUUGGAGUCGGUCUCUGAUCAAGGCUCGCGGGGCUGCCAUGGGCGCUGAGUUUUACGGCAAGGGCAUCGAUAUCCAGCUCGGUCCGUCGAGCGAAGGUGUGGUUGCUUGCGUGAAGCAUUUCAUCCUUAACGAGCAGGAACACUUCCGCGGUUCGGUUUCGAGCUUGGUGAAUGAUCGUGUGAUGCACGAGGUUUAUCUCUGGCCGUUUGCCGAUGCCGUCAGAGCUGGGGUUGGCUCCGUCAUGUGUUCGUACAACCGUGUCAACGGCACUUAUUCCUGUGAGAAUGCAUACACCAACUACCUUUUGAAGAACGAGCUCAACUUCCAGGGCUUCGUCAUGUCGGACUGGGGUGCGCAGCAUACUAGCAUCGAGUCCGCGCUCAACGGGCUCGACAUGACGAUGCCCGGCGACCGAUUCGGACGCGAGACGGCGGGGUACCAAUCUCUCUGGGGCGGCGCCCUCACCGAAGCUGUCCUAGCUGACCAGGUGCCCCAGUGGCGCCUCGACGACAUGGUGGUGCGCAUCAUGGCAGCUUACUACAAGGUCCACGUGGGCGACAAGGAAGAGCGUCCCGAUAUCAACUUCCACGCCUGGACCAACGCAACGGAAGGGCCCGUCUACUUUGUAGCGAACGAGACGUGGGAGGUCGUCAACGAGCACGUCGACGUCGCCGCCGACCACGCCGACUUGAUUAGAGAGAUUGGCGCCAAGUCCAUCGUCCUGCUCAAGAACGAGGGCGUGCUGCCGCUGGGGAAACCAGAGAGCGUGGCCGUCAUCGGGGAAGAUGCCCAGGAUAACCCCAACGGCGUGAACUGGUGCUCGAACUGGGAUCUGGAGGCGGCGAUGGAGGCUGCUGUGGAUGCGGAGGUGGCUAUUGUGUUUGCGAAUGCGAAUGCUGGUGAGAAUUAUGUCUUUGUCGGCGACAACGAAGGGGACCGGAACAACUUGACUUUGUGGAAUGGAGGCGACGCCCUGAUUACUGCCGUUGCGUCGAUCAAUCCUAACACUAUUGUCGUUCUUCAUACUGUUGGGCCAGUCCUUAUCGAGGACUACAAGCAGCACCCCAACAUCACCGCCAUACUCUGGGCCGGCCUACCGGGACAAGAGUCUGGGAAUUCUUUGGUUGAUGACCUCAACGCUGGCCUGUUCAUCGACUACCGCCAUUUUGACAAGGAGGACAUUGAGCCAAGCUACGAGUUUGGCUUCGGACUCAGUUACACGACGUUCGAGUACUCGGACCUCGAGAUCGAACUCGUCGCCGAGGACGGGCCAUCGUACGAGGCGGCGGAUGGCGUCACGGAAGAGGCGCCCGUGUACGGAGAAUUGGGCUCGCGGGAAGAUUUCCUCUUCCCCGAGGGGUUCGAGGUUAUCCCGAAAUACGUGUAUUCCUGGGUGCUCGAGGAGCCGGCGGGCCCGCAGGACAUCAAGAUUGACGAGUCGAGCAGGAGCGGCGAGGCGCAGCGCGUGCAUCCCGCCGGUGGCGCGCCUGGCGGAAAUCCUGGACUGUACGAAGUCGUAUAUCGCGUAUCAGUAACGGUGGAGAACACCGGAGACGUAGCGGGCACAGAGAUUGUGCAGCUGUACCUUUCGCAUGGCGACAGCGAUGGGCCGGUGAGGGUUCUUCGAGGAUUUGAGGAUGUUGAGUUGGAGCCCGAGGAGGCCAAGACGGUGACUUUCGACUUGACGUAUCGUGACCUUGCGACGUGGGCGGUCGAGGAGGAGAAUUGGGUCAUCUCCAAAGCAAACAAGACGGUAUAUGUAGGCUCCAGCUCCCGGGACUUGAGGUUGGAUGCUGAGCUGGAAGUUUGA